AUGCCUCCCGUUCGAAACGCGACCUACAACUCCAAAGAAACCGCGAACGCGCCUACUCGUACCACACCAGGCAGCAGCAACCGGACCAAAGGCUUUCCGUACCUAGGUGGUCGCGAAGCAAGUCCGAGCCACGCAUCGCAGGCCGCCAAUGAUGCCCAUAUCUCGUCCUCAGAAGGCGGCUCUACGGCUAUCAAUGCGUUUGAAGGAGGUUUUGUCAGCUUGCCUUUCGGUCAGAUCGAUGUAGCUGCGUUCGAGGAAAAGAUGCGCCAGUCUCGUAAGCGAAAUGAGCAGCAAACCGCUGAGAGCGGCGCGGGUCGAACCAUGACUCCGCGAGACGCGUUCAAAGCUGCGAUGAAGAGAGAGGGUCACAGUUGUGAAGAAGACGAUGAUGGUGGCGCGAGUGGAUACGAAGGCGAUGACGAAAAAGUUGGCGAGAAGAAUAGUGGGGGAAUGAGGAAGAAGAGUGGCGGUCGUGCUGGUGGCGGAUAUGGGGACGUCGAGAUGUCUUGA